AUGGCGGCUUCCUCGCUGUGGGACGAGCUGGUGGUGGCGGCGUCGACGGGGGGGAGCAGCGGCACCGUGGUGUCCAUCUGCGUGUUCACGGCGGUGCUCUGCCUCUGCCUCGUCGCCGGCCACCUCCUCGAGGAGAACAAAUGGGUCAACGAGUCCAUCACCGCGCUCAUCAUCGGGUGCAUUGUUGGGGCUCUCAUCUUCCUGCUGAGCAAAGGCAGGAACUCGCACAUCCUGAGGUUCGACGAGCAGCUCUUCUUCAUCUACGUUCUUCCGCCAAUAAUCUUCAACGCCGGGUUUCAGGUCAAGAAGAAGCAGUUCUUCCAUAAUUUCCUCACCAUCAUGUCCUUUGGGGUAUUCGGUGUUUUCAUCUCGGUCGCAAUAGUUUCCGCAGGUUUCUACUGGCUCCUCCCAAAAGUUGGUUUUGGCAAACUUGACGCGGUGGAUUAUCUAGCACUAGGAGUCAUAUUUUCUUCGACAGAUACUGUGUGCACGCUGCAGGUCAUAAGCCAAGAUGAAACACCAAGGUUGUACAGCUUGGUCUUCGGAGAAGGAGUUGUCAAUGAUGCAACAUCUGUGGUCCUAUUCAAUGCUAUAAAGAAUAUGGAUAUCACUAAGAUCAAAAGCGGGGCGGUGCUAAAAGUUAUCGGAGAUUUCCUCUAUCUUUUUGCAACUAGUACUAUCCUUGGCGCCACAAUCGGACUGUUCACUGCUUAUGUUCUCAAAGCGCUGUAUUUUGGCAGGCACUCGACUGACCGGGAGGUCGCUUUAAUGGCUCUCAUGGCUUAUUUAUCGUAUAUGUUAGCAGAGUUGUUAAGUCUGAGUGGGAUUUUGACUGUUUUCUUUUGCGGCAUCGUCAUGUCCCACUACGCAUGGCAUAAUGUAACAGAGAGCUCCCGAAUCACGACAAGGCACAUAUUUGCGACACUAUCAUUCAUCGCUGAGACCUUUAUCUUUCUUUAUGUUGGAAUGGAUGCCCUUGACAUGGAUAAAUGGAAGACAACACAGGCAAGCUUCAAGACCUCAGUUGGUAUUUUCGGUGUCAUCAUUUCACUCAUUUUGCUGGGACGGGCCGCGUUUGUUUUCCCUCUUUCGAUCCUUUCAAAUUUUAUGAGUGGGAAUUCUGAAAAAGCACCAAUCACAUUCAAGCACCAGGUCGUGAUUUGGUGGGCCGGGCUCAUGAGAGGCGCCGUUUCAAUUGCGCUAGCAUACAAUCAGUUCACAUUUUCAGGUGUAACACUGGAUCCAGUCCAUGCAACCAUCAUCACCAGUACAAUCGUCGUAGUAUUUUUCACAACCCUGGUGUUUGGCUUCUUGACAAGGCCAUUGAUAAGCGCCAUGCUCCCGCAGCAUCGGCACCGGGAGCCGGCGGGAGGCCGCAGCACGGGAAGCAACUCGCCGAAGGACGAGUUCAUCCUGCCGUUUCUCGGCGACGAAGACGCGUCGGGGAGUGGAAGUGGCUUCGUCCAAGCCAAGAGAAGCAUAUCAAUGAUGUUGGAGAGACCCAUCCACACGGUGCACAUCUACUGGAGGAAGUUCGACGACAGGUUCAUGAGACCAAUCUUCGGUGGACCACGAUCUUACUGA